AUGAGCACUGCCACCGGCAUUUUGGAAGGUGUGAACGGCCUGGCUCUGAUCUUGGGCCCCAUUGUGGGAUCCACUCUGUUUAGCUUGGGCGGAGGCGCAUCACAGCUGGGCUAUGUCAUGCCUUUCGUUGUUCUGGGAGGCGCGGAGGCCGUGUUCGCCUUUCUUAAUGUGUUUCUGCUGCCGCAGAUGCCAACUCCGCCAGCCAGACAGCCAAGUUUGACAAAGUUCUCGGGCAAAGUUCUGCUGGCCUGCUUGAACUGCGUGGUAGCAGGCAUUAGUUUGGGCCUGCUGAACCCCACCUUGCAGCCUCACUUGGCAGCCGCGCCGCUGCAUUGCUCCGUUCAGAUGGUGGGCUUCGUCUUCGCUGCCUGCUGCGGGUCCUACGCGGUUUUGUCGGUGUUGGCGGGGGCGGUGGACGACUGCACCAAGGGCCGGAUGGCGAUUUAUCUCAUGGCCUUCGGGGCUUUCCUGUCCGGCAUCGCAUUCCUGAUGCUCGGGCCGGCUCCGAUAGAGGUGAACGGACAUGAGCUUGAGCUCAGCUCCGCCUUACUCUGGGCCUCCACUGCUUUUCUUGGCUCCGGGGUGGCAUUUGGACUGAUUCCUGUCUUCAAGCAGGUGCUGAGCCAUGCCAAGCAUGAGAGCGCCGAGGAGCGGGAACUGGCGGCCUCCUCUGUGUUCACCCUGGCUAUGGCCACAGGCUCGUUCUUGGGCCCCACGCUGGGCGGACUCCUCAGCGAUUUGGUGGGAGUGCGUAAAGCCUAUGCAUACUCCGGCCUUUUGGAGAUCAUACUCUCGGUGGUUCUUCUGAUCAUGGCAAUGACCCCGGCCUUCCGCAUUCAGUCAGCGGCAGGGCCGGCGCUUCUGGCAGGGGAGCUGCGGCUGUCCCUGCUGGGCCUGCCGCUGCAGCGCUUUGCGCGCACGCAGCUGCAGCAGCUGGUGCUGCUGGCGGCGCUGGUCCUUGUGAGCAGCGUGCUGGCUGCAGCUCUUCAAGAGCGCGUGCUCUAUGUGCCUGGCUUCCGCUACACAGGUUGGCUCGCGUUGCUUACGUCCCUGACCUACAUGGCUCUGGCGCUUCUGGAGCGGCUAGUGGAAGGAGACUUGCAACGUCGCGGCUCCGGCCUGGAGUACGUGAAGCUCUCGGUGCUCACCAUGGGUGGCAUGUACCUCACCAAUUUCAGCUUGCACUACCUGAGCUACUCCUUGCGGGUGGUCUUCAAGUCCAGCAAGCUGAUCCCGGUGAUGCUGCUCAGCGUGGUGUACUUGAAGAAGCGCUAUACUGUCGCUCAGUAUGCGGCAGUGAGUUUGCUCACCGCAGGCGUGGUCGUCUUCACCCUGGGCGACGCCAAAGGCCGUGCCUAUUUCAACCCAGUCGGCAUCGCUUUCAUCAUAACUGGCUCUUUGGCAGAUGCCAUGGCGGCCAGCUACGAAGAGAAGUGCUUCUUUUCUCGGAUGGGCUGCUCCGCGACAGAGGUGGUGCUUUACAGCAGCGCAAUAGGCAGCGUGUGGGCUCUGCUUGCGGAGGUGGCCACUGGAGAGCUCCUGCCGGCAGCGCAGCACUCCGUAGAUCACCUCGAGGCGGUACCGCUGAUGAUCCUAGCAUCAUUCUUCGGCUACAUCGCGCAAAAUGGGGUUCUGCUCAUCAUUAAGCACUUUGGUGCUACCGCCGCCGAGAUUGUGAAGAGCUGCCGAAGAAAAGUCGCCACCAUUUGCAUCUCUUUCCUGGUCUACAGCAAGCCCUGGAAUGGCUACCACGUGGCCGGCACACUUCUCUUUGUGAACUCCGUGGCAGUGGAGCGGUUCAACUCGGGUGUCUCCUCAAAGCGCUUCGCCACGUUCCUCUUCAGCUUCGCCAGCGUCGUGGCCUUGCUGUUGCUCUUCGGGGAGGGGCCAUCGGCCUUCAGCGUCGUGAUCGAUGCCGGCAGCGCUGGCACUCGGAUCAACGUCUUCCGCUUUGAUGCCUGGACGCUGAAGCUGCAGGGCCUGGAGGGCAAAGCGCAGGCGAAGGGAGGCCUGGAGUAUGGUCGAGUGGUCCUCGCCAGAGAUCUUCGAGAUGGUUGGGCCCGUCUGCACGAAGACGAAGUCUGGGCCGCCGGCAUUGAGGAAAAGGCCUUUGUACUUGCUGAUGGCCGAAGUCUGGGACUUGCACGGCCUAUGCGAUACCUCGGCACCGAUGUGCAAGACUGGCCAUUCUUCGAAGCGCUUCAGUGCGCUGAGUUGAAUGGUGCCUCAUGGGCCAAGAUUCCUGGGGGAUUGAAGCCCAAGCCCUUGGUGGAUUUGGCGUGGCUCAGCAGUUGGCACUCGCCGGACGGCACCAUACUUGAGGCACCUCCAUUGCAUCAUGAUGAUCAUCGCCACAUCGAGAGGCCCCUGCCGCGCUUGUGUGUUGCUUCUAUGGUCAGAGGUUCGCCUCCCGCCAUGAUUGAGAGCUUGAUUCUUCAGCACCAUGCCAACGGCUUCGAGAAGGUGGUGUUGUACUUCGACCGCCCUGACGAAGAAUCACUGGCAGUUGCCGCUGUGGAGAGGUUUGCAAAGCCAUUGCCUACUGGCCCCAAUGGCUUGCUAUGCAAAGCGGUGGCCGUGCGUUGCACGGAGCAAUGGUGGGAAGAAGUGCGGAAGAAGUCGCGCUACUACCUUCGAGAAGAUGAAGCGCUGGAGCUCUACCGAGAGACCGCGCACCUCGAUGCGCACAUCAAGGAUGUGCAAGCACGGCAGAUGCUUUGCAUUGAGCACGCCCUCUUCGAAGCGCAGCGUGAAGGUUUCGAGUGGGUGUUGCACGUCGACUCGGAUGAGAUCUUAUUCUUUCCAGACCAGGAGAGACACAAAGAUGCGCGCCGCUUCUUCCUCGAAGUGCCUCUGCACUUUUCGGCGCUGCGCUUUGCCAACUUGGAAGCAGUGCCGGAGAGCCUGGAAGUGGCAGAUCCAUUCGAGGAGGUCAGCCUUUUCAAGAUGAAUCCCAUGCUCCUAGAGGAGUUAGGGGUGGAGCCGCGCUUUUUGUCCUCCGGGGAGGUUGCCGAAGAGGACGAAGACUGUGAGCCAGACCUUUUCAGCCGCCGUCACGCAGACUCCGUGCCGGGCAGUCGGGCCCACGGCUACGUGAGACUGCCACGCAGGGAGCGACACGCGCUGCGAAGGCUGCUGGCGAUCAUGCACGAGAUUGCGGCGAAGCGCAAUCCUGUCCUCGAGAGCCUCCAGGUGCGCCUUCCCCCGAUCGAGUCGAGCCUCUCACCUUCCGAUGACUCCAGCGAUGAUGAGAGCUGCCAUGGGCCGAGGCCGUACUGUCCUGCCUAUUUCAACUCCUAUUCCAACGGCAAGUGCGCAGUGCGCACGGAGAUCGGCCCUCGAGGGGAACUGCCUCCGCUGCCGGCUGGGGUGCAUGGCUUCUUGCGGGAUGGCGGUAUGAGCUUGUACACCUUGGCUUGCAAGGGCCCUGGUGCGCCGGUGGUGUUACACUACGCAAACUGCGGGUUCAGCAGCUGGCGCCAGAAGUACCAGCUGCUGUGCCGGGGCCAUGGUACCGAGGACGGGGCCUUCUCGGUUCGCCGCCCGGGCAUCGCGGAGAUCCGGUCGCACCUCGCCACACGGCAGCUGGCGCUCGGCGGAAAGGAGGAGGACCUCGAGCGCUUCUACCGGAGCUUUGUGCUGGGCAAUGACUUCGAUGAGUUGGCCUUUCUGGCGCAGUUCGGGCUGCUGCUUCGCAUCUCUGCGCCCCAGGAGAGGCUACGAGAAGCCCGCAGGAUCUUCCAAGAAUUCGUGCCGGAUGUGCCACGGCCGGAGCCGGAGCGCCUUGUCUUCCUCGAGGAAGAGCCAGGCAUCGGCGAGCUGGAGAACAGCAGCGCCGUGUCUGCGCAGCUCCAGCGGCUGGUGGCUGCAGCGUCGAAUUCGGUGCCACUGGGCCAGCGCCCGGUGACGCCGCUGGCUCUCAGGGCUACGCGGGCGGUGGAGGACAUGAGCCUCGACGAGGUAGAUGCCCUGAUGCAGCAGAUGAAGCAGCAGAUUGCAAGUGCUGGCUUCAAGGAUGCAGGCGUUCAGCCCAUGUCUGGCAGCGAGGAGGCGGUUGCCGAGUGGCUCAGCAUCAAUGUGCUUAUGGGCUGCUUUACGCCUGGCAUCCAGGGAGUGCGACAUCCUGUAGCUGUGGUAGACCUUGGUGGUGCGACAGUGCAGAUGGCCUACCACAUCCACGACCGCGAUGUAACCGUGGCAAGAAGGAACAGCUUGGACUCGUACAUCAGCCGCAUCUCGCUUCCUUUUGGUAGCGGCCCUGCACACAUCUACAGGCAUAGCUAUGCAGGUUACGGCCUCAUUUCAGCCAAAGUCAGAAGCUUCAAAGAGAUUGAGAAGGCAGGCUUCUCGCUGAAAAGGCACCCCUGUUUGCCCGGCAAAGCGCAGCUGCGCGCUUUCCGGAAGAUCCUCGAAGCGGAAGGAGCUUUAAACAAGUUCUCCUGCGCCACUUUGAUUGAUUAUAUUCUGCGCAAGGAGCUUCCCUGCAAGGCAGACGGAGCCGCAGGACAGCCUAAGACGGGCAACUGCAGCUUCGCCGGCGCUUGGGCUGGUCCGAACCAAGGAACGCAGCGAAUUGUCCUUGCCUCCUACUUCUACGACCGAAUGUGGGACGUGGGCGUCAUCACUGCCUUCUCGCAGCAGCUGAAGGUCGCAAACUUUGCAGAACAAGCAGACCGCGCUUGCUCCACAAGUUCAUUCAACGCGUCCAUGGCAGAGUUUCCCAACUUGGCUCAGGAUCGCCUUCUGUGGCUAUGCUUCGACUUAACCUUUCAGGCGAGGCUGCUGUUGCAUGGCUUUGGCUUCUCAGAGGAGCAGGAGCUUUUAGUGGUCAAGAAGAUCCGGUACAAAGAGCUGGACUUUGAAGCAUCCUGGGCCUUGGGCGUCGCCAUCAACCAGCUGAACACGUAG